CGUAGUCUUGUUUCGUGCCUAACGCGCCCUUCAUUAUCUUGCUCUUCCUCUGCCGGUCGAGAUAAGCGUGCUACUCUCUACUCUAUAAAACUCGCGCCGUUCGUGACCGGUUGUGUCAGUUUUGCUGUUGUUGUUCCCGGUGCUGGAACGUCCCGUUUUGUCCCGGCCGGUUGUGUUUGUGUGUCCGUUUAUUGAGUGAACAUAAUUCAUCCAGUGUGACCGCUUAGCUUGAACGUCCUACCGCACUAAUCAUGGCUUCGACCGUUCCCUUUGUGACGCUCAACAACGGGCAAAAGAUGCCCAUGCUCGGCCUGGGAACUUGGGGUUCUCCUCCGGGUGAGGUCGCCCAGGCGGUGAAGGAUGCGAUCGAUAUCGGCUACCGCCAUAUCGACUGUGCCCACGUGUACCAGAACGAGCACGAGGUGGGCGAAGGCGUGAAGGCCAAAAUCGACGAGGGAGUCGUAAAGCGCGAGGACCUGUUCAUUACCAGCAAGCUGUGGAACACGUUCCACCGGCCGGAUCUGGUCGAGGGUGCAUGCCGCACCACGCUGAAGAACCUCGGGCUGGACUACAUCGAUCUGUACCUGAUUCACUGGCCGAUGGCAUAUCGCGAGGGACCGGAAUUGUUCCCCCAGGACGAGAACGGCAAGACGGCCUUCUCCGAUGUGGACUACGUGGAUACGUACAAAGCGCUGGAGAAGCUGGUGGAGCUCGGACUGACCAAGAGCAUCGGCAUCUCGAACUGCAACUCCAAGCAGGUGGAGCGUGUACUGGCGGCAGCCACCAUCAAACCCGUUACCAAUCAGAUUGAGUGCCAUCCGUAUCUGACGCAGUCGAAACUGUCACCGUUCUGUACGGAGCGUGGUAUGAUCGUUACCGCGUACAGUCCGCUCGGAUCGCCGAACCGCCCCUGGGCUAAGCCGGGCGAUGCGCAGCUGAUGGAAGAUCCGAAGAUUGUGGCGCUGGCGGAGAAGUACAACAAAACGCCGGCCCAGAUUCUGAUCCGCUACCAGAUCCAGCGCGGCCACGUAGUUAUCCCGAAGUCGGUGACCAAGUCGCGCAUUGCCUCCAACUUUGAGGUGUUUGAUUUCGAGCUAACGAAGGACGAUGUGGCACAGAUCGAUACGUUCGACUGCAAUGGGCGGUUGGUGCCUAUUACGAGUGCUGCUGGACAUCCGUAUCAUCCGUUCGAAAACGAGGAGUUCUAAUUCCAGCCACCACAGCCUAGCAGACGAAGUCAUCUCUCUGCAAUUUGAUUAUUUGUAUGUAACCAGCACGUAACGGUCCAAUAAAGUAAAUUCGAUUAAUAAUUUCAA